AUGAGUUGGAUGUUCCUCAGAGACCUCCUAAGUGGAGUAAAUAAAUAUUCAACUGGGAUUGGGCGCAUCUGGCUAGCUGUUAUGUUCAUCCUUCGGUUGCUGGUCUACAUAGUGGCUGCAAAGCACGUGUGGAAGGAUGAGCAGAAAGAGUUUGAGUGCAACACUAGACAGCCUGGCUGUGGAAAUGUGUGCUUUGACUACUUCUUCCCCGUCUCCCAGGUCAGACUUUGGGCUUUACAGCUGAUCAUGGUCUCCACGCCCUCUCUCCUAGUAGUUCUACAUGUGGCCUAUUGUGAGGGGAGAGAAAAAAAGCAUGGAAAGAAACUCUAUGACAGCCCAGGCACCAUGGAUGGGGGCCUAUGGUACACCUAUUUGAUUAGCCUCAUUGUCAAAACUGGUUUUGAAAUUGGCUUCCUUGUUUUGUUUUAUAAGUUGUAUAGGGGCUUUAGUGUCCCCUACCUUAUGAAGUGCGAUUUGAAGCCUUGUCCCAACACUGUAGACUGCUUCAUCUCCAAACCCACUGAGAAAACCAUCUUCAUCUUCUUCUUGGUCUUUACCUCUUGCUUGUGCAUUGUGUUGAAUUUCACUGAACUGAGCUUUUUGGUUCUUAAGUGCUUUAUUUAA